AUGCAGGGUCUUUCUUUGUCUGUUUGCUUGAUGAGCCGACAUUACUAUUACAUUAGUAGCUACAUCUUUGUUCGAACUGCCAGGUGUGAUGUAUUUUUGGUCUAUGAAGGAGAUUUCGACGCUGCUCAAUACAUGAAUGCCUUCAUUGAAUUUGCUAAUUCUAACAACAUAUUUCAACGUCAGAUUCUGUUUGUGGGCGAAAACACGCUUGCAAAUGAGGUAGAGAGAUACGUGCAAUCCAAUAAACAUGAAUUUGUUGGCUUUCCACGUGAAACAAAGUUGUUCUAUAUGACAGAUUCUCAGAUGGAAUCUAUCACAAAUCUUGAGUUCUCAACUGCUCUACCGACUGGCUAUAAAUUAGAUCUGCAGAUCCACUCAAAGAAUCGGAAAUCAUUACUUCUUACUGGGAACAUGCUAAAGAGGGAGACGUCGAAGAAACAAGGAUCUGCAGAUCCACUCAAAGAAUCGGAAAUCAUUACUUCCUACUGGGAACAUGCUAAAGAGGGAGACGUCGAAGAAACAAGGUUAAGCUUCCUCUGAUU